GAGCAAUUGAGCGUAUUGCAAGACGAGCGGACGCACUUAGACCACAUUGGCAAUAUUGUUAUUAAUUUGCGAAAUACGUGAUAGUGCCUGCCCUGAUGCAAUAAUUAUAGCUUUAGCCAAACAAGAAUGUUGAAACGCCAAGAUUAGAGACCGGCGUUUGCCUGCCUCAGCGUGCACAUCGGAUAUAAAAGUGAACGGGCUUUUGCUAACUGGUUCAGUGCGUGGUAGGUCGUGUCUGUGGUUUAGUGCGAAUUCAAAAUGUACGAAAAAAUCAACAUCGAUCUGAUGAACAAUUCUGGGAUCCGGAUUGUGGAUCUUAGAAGCGACACGGUGAGCAGGCCGACCCCAGAAAUGCGAGAAGCGAUGUACAGGGCUGCGGUAGGCGACGACGUCUAUGGGGAGGAUCCUACAGUGGCUGAACUUGAAACUCGUGCCGCUGAGCUGCUCGACAAAGAACAAGCUGUGUUUGUUGCCAGUGGAACGAUGGCUAACUUAAUUGCUAUUAUGGUUCAUUGCAAUCAGAGGGGCAGCGAAAUCAUUUCUGGAGACCAUGGGCAUACCUUUAAGUUCGAGCAAGGUGGCACCGCGCAAAUCGCAGGGGUGCACACUGCAGUGAUAAAAAACAACGAGGAUGGCACUUUCAGCAUUGACGAUCUGCGCAAGAAAAUUCGAAAAAACCCCGAUUUCCACGAGCCAAUCUCCUCUCUCAUUAUAGUCGAGAAUACACAUAAUCUAUGCGGUGGCAAGGUGUUGCCUCUGGAGUGGCUGGAGAAGGUGCAAAACGUGGCCCAAGAACACAACUUGCCAGUGCACAUGGAUGGGGCCCGCAUGAUGAAUGCAGCUGUUUAUCUAAAAGUGCCCCCCAGUCGCAUCGUAAAAGACGUGGACUCAGUUUGCUUUUGUCUGAGCAAAGGGCUGGGAUGUCCUGUUGGGGCCAUUUUAGCCGGAACCUCCGAGUUUAUUGCCAAGGCUCGGCGCGUUCGAAAGGCCAUAGGCGGAGGAUGGAGGCAGGCCGGAAUUAUAGCGGCCGCCGGAUUAGUAGCGUUUGAUAGCAUGAUUGAUCGGCUGCAGGAGGACCACAACCAUGCCUACCAAAUAGCGAAAGGUAUAGCGGGUCUCAACUCCAGAUAUUUCCAAGUGAAUUUGAGCGAAAUACACACAAAUAUUGUCAUAAUGAAUUUGGAUCCGAAAAUUAGUCCCAAAUUGGCACAGAAAAGAUUAUUCACUGUAUACGCAACCGAUCCAGUGAAAGUGAGCGUGCAAUGCAGCGCUCGGGAUGACUGGAUUCGUUUUGUGACCUGUUGGGAAGUGUCGGACGAGGCCACCAAAAUGGCAAUGGAAAAAAUCGUGUUUGUUUUAACGGAAAUUGAACGGGAAAUUCAGGAUCCUGGCUGCGGAACGCAAAAACUGGAUUUGGCUUAUUUGCAAACUCAAGCGGCCAUUGAGGCACAGAGCAAAAAGUCUAAGCUGUAAAACAAAUCGAAUACAGCGCCUAGCGGUUUAUGGAUGGCAUGGACGUAAAAGCGAAUUGCUUGUAAGUACCUACAUUACUUCGCUUUGGCUGUUAAAUUGAAAAAGCCGGUGCAAUUGCAACAUGUGUUUGCUACUGCCGGUGAAUCUAAUUACGUCCGGUUACUUAAGUUGAAGUUACUGUUUGUCGUGUAAUUGAAUCAGUAAAUUGAUAAUGUAAAAAUUCUUGACCUCUUGCAUCAAAGGUUAACUGUCUUAAUUUCGCAGCAAACAUCGGCCAUUGAGCAACAACAUUGAGAACCAGGAAGUAAUUUGCACCGUUUGUAGUGUAGGUGAUAAUGCUUGUUUUUUACGAGCAUAUCGUAGUAAAUUCAUAGUUUCGCCCAGGGCAACGCCUUUGAAUAGCUGGUUUACAGGGUGGAUAAUAUAAAAAGCAUCUAGAACUUU